AUGGAGAAGAAACACUGCACGAAUCUCAAGUCAAAGGAGUCAGCACAGGGUGUCCAGAUGGAGAACCCUCCUCUGGUAAUAGCAGCAGCAUCUGUGCUGAAAGAACUGUGUUACCACAACAAAGACGAGCUGCAGGCCGGCUUCAUCACAGCAGGCUGGGAUAAGAAGAAAGGACCACAGGUGUACGUCGUGUCUCUAGGCGGGAUGUUAGUCCCUCAGCUGGUUACCAUCGGUGGCUCCGGCAGCACUUACAUCUACGGCUACGUUGACGCUAAAUACAAACCCAACAUGAGCAGAGAGGAAUGCCUACAGUUUGCCACUAAUGCUCUUGCUCUGGCCAUGGGCAGAGACAACGUCAGCGGAGGCGUGGCUCACCUGGUGGUGGUCACUGAAACUGGGGUGGAGCAUGUGGUUGUUCCUGGAAACAAGCUUCCCAAGUUCCAUGAUGAGUGA